AUGGAAGACCUGGCUGAUAUUUUCGACAUAUAUGCCAUCUGCGCUUGCUGUAAAGUGCCAAAUCAGGGUGAAGGUAAAAAAAAUGAAAUAUUUAGCACCAAAACGUUUAGAGGCCUUGGCAAUAAAGGAUGUCUACCAUGGAAAAGUAAUUCGUUAGAUAUGAAAUAUUUCAGAUCAGUAACUACAUAUGUUAAUGAAAUGAAAUAUAAAAAAUUAAAAUAUAAAAGAGAGAAAUAUUUAGAAAAGGAAAUAUCAAAUGAAAACAGUAGUACAGUUUUUGAAAAUAUAUCACUACUGUCAUCAAGUAAAUUACAAAAUGUUGUAGUGAUGGGGAGAAGUAACUGGGUUAGUAUUCCAAAGCAGUAUAAGCCUUUGCCGAACAGAAUAAAUGUAGUACUAUCAAGAACACUUAAAAAAGAAGAUGUUAAAGAAGAUAUUUUUAUAAUAAAUAAUAUGGAUCAACUAGUUUUACUUUUAAAAAAAUUAAAUUAUUACAAAUGCUUUAUUAUUGGUGGGGCAAUAGUUUACAAGGAGUGUUUAGAAAGAAAUUUAAUAAAACAAAUUUAUUUUACGAGAAUAAAUAAUGUCUACGAAUGUGAUGUUUUCUUUCCAGAAAUUGAUGAAAAUGUGUUUCAAAUUACGUCUGUGAGUGAUGUGUAUACUAGCAACUGCACGUCGUUAGACUUUGUAAUUUUCAGUAAACGCAAGAAGGCAUUGACCCAAGAAUCCCUCCCCCAUCAGAGUAGUGGAAGCGACAAAGGCAGUAACACCAGCAGUACUAUCAGCAAUGGUGCUAUGAGCAGUAAUACUAUCAGGGGUAGUACUACAAGCAGCAGUGGUAAAGGGAAAGGAGGAGGCGAAUCUAUUUUUGAGCGGGAAUAUAACUUCAUGGGAGACGAAGAAGACGAUUUAGUAUAUUUCAACUUUAAUAAUAACAAAAAUGAAUAUAAAAAUGCAGAAAAUGCCAAUGACUUUAAAAUAUACAACAGUUUAAAAUUUAAACAUCACCCAGAAUAUCAAUAUUUAAGUAUUAUAUAUGAUAUCAUUAUGAAUGGAAAUAAACAAAAUGACAGAACAGGUGUAGGAGUACUAAGUAAAUUUGGGUAUAUUAUGAAAUUUAAUUUAAAUCAAUAUUUUCCAUUAUUAACAACAAAGAAAUUAUUCCUUAGAGGAAUAAUUGAAGAGUUACUUUGGUUUAUAAGAGGAGAAACAAAUGGAAAUACUUUGUUAAAUAAAAAUGUAAGAAUAUGGGAAGCAAAUGGAACAAGAGAAUUUUUGGAUAACAGAAAAUUAUUCCAUAGAGAAGUUAAUGACUUAGGACCUAUAUAUGGUUUUCAAUGGAGGCAUUUCGGUGCUGAAUAUACAAAUAUGCAUGCCAACUAUGAAGAUAAAGGAGUUGAUCAAUUAAAAAAUAUUAUCCAUUUAAUAAAAAAUGAUCCAACUAGUAGAAGAAUUAUUUUGUGUGCAUGGAAUGUUAAAGAUCUUGAUCAAAUGGCACUACCUCCUUGUCAUAUUUUAUGCCAAUUUUAUGUUUUUGAUGGAAAAUUAUCAUGUAUUAUGUAUCAAAGGUCAUGUGAUUUAGGUUUAGGAGUCCCUUUUAAUAUUGCCUCCUAUUCAAUAUUCACUCAUAUGAUUGCACAAGUGUGUAAUUUACAGCCUGCACAGUUCAUACAUAUUUUAGGAAAUGCACAUGUUUAUAAUAAUCAUAUUGACAGCUUAAAAGUACAGUUAAAUAGGAUACCCUACCCCUUCCCAACUCUUAAAUUAAAUCCUGAAAUAAAGAACAUUGAAGACUUUACAAUAUCGGAUUUUACAAUCCAAAAUUACGUGCACCAUGAUAAAAUUUCUAUGGACAUGGCCGCGUGA